AUGUCACAAGUUGAGAACGAGAUACUUGAACCUCGUCUUAAAACAUGUGGAUUUACCGAAGAAGGUAAUUUUGAAUGCGACAUGCCAUUGGCCGAGUUCAUCUCAUACAUUCCACUGUGGAUCAAAACCGCACUGGAGGAUCGAGAUAUUGCCACACCUAAGUCUGCUUGCCUCACUUCGGAGUGGGCUUAG